CUGGAGUCCCCCCUCGACUCUUCGCUUCUUCUGAUAUCGCGUCUUCGCUCCUUAAGUGAUGGGACUCGCCGACAUCACAACCUCUCUCCAUAUCACGGGGCUUGGCGCUUUCAGUACGGGAAAUCUAUCCUUCUCGGAGAAGAUGCCUCAAGGAUGGUCCUUGGUCCAGGCGAUACUACCCACUACCACAACACGAGUGCCGUUCACCUCUGAAGCCCUCAAGGAAGUUAUACCUAUUCUGCUUAUUCUAUACAGUUUGGCAGUACUCGUCCAACUUCCCAAUACGAAGACCGCUCGUCUGAGCUUACUUCCCAUCAUCGUCUCCUUGAGCUAUAGAGUCAUUACUAAGUACGACACGGCAGCACCUUUCGAUGAUCCUGGAUACACUUACCACAAUCUCGCAUUUGGUUGUUUUACUAUCUUUCUCUGCUUGCGUGCCAUCGAUUUUGGAACUGCGGAUAAGCCAUGGCAGCGUACCAUUUGGUCGUGGCGCCCCAAAGCCGCUCCUGAUGACUUCGUAACCCGGUUAAAAUACGCCAUGCUUGAUGCCUUCGAUUUAACAAUGAACAAUCGUGGCAUAGGUUGGAGCUGGGGCAAAGGUAUCUACGAUCCUCCUCAGUCCGCGAAACACAGCGCGCCGAGGACAGCAUUGGCAUCAUUCCCAUUCUUCAUUUCCUUCGUCAAAGCCAUGGUCCUUUUUGAUUUUACGCUACUCGCGCAGCAGAGUUGGACAUUACACCCAUCGGCGUACCCGACACACCCCAUAGGUGGAACUAUUUUUGACCCAACUCUUCCGCCGCAUCUCCGGAUCGGGAAAGUGAUCCUCAUGACCUUUCUCUGUGCGCUCGGGCUGUGUACGUCGUUUCAGAUGUCAUAUUACGGACUGGCAUUCGCGAUGAUCGCAUUGGGUGGUCAACAGCCAGAGCAGUGGCCACCAAUGUUUGACGAACCAUGGCGCGCUACAAGUCUUGCAGAUUUCUGGGGAAAAAGAUGGCAUCAAAUGUUCAAACGUGCUUUCGUAGUCGCAGGCGGAAAGCCGUUUGGCAGGUAUUUUGGCCGUCCUGGCGGCGUCAUUGGAUCGUUCCUUGUUUCGGGGCUCAUGCAUGACUUCGGUGUAUGGGGGCUUGGACUCGGCAUGGAUCUGUCAGGAGUGACGUUGUUCUUCGUCAUGAUGGGCAUCGGAUGCGUCUUGGAGGGUAUUUGGGAGCAGAAGGCGCUGAAGGGAAAGAAGGUUCAGGGGCCGCUUGGAUGGGUAUGGGCGAUGAUUUGGAUGUUUGCGUGGGGGAGCCUGAUUGUGGAUGCUUGGGCACGGAGAGGACUGAUCGAGAGUAAAAUGUUACCGGAUGGUGCGAGACCGGCGGUGUGGUGGGCUCAGGUGACGCAGAAGUGGCUUGCAUCGCACGCUUAACUGACUGGAUGAUCCUGUGUAGACUCAGCAUGAGCUCCGUGUAUCUAUUUCGGGAAACUUGCUCCGUUGUUACUGUCAACUCACCGCCUGCUGCCCUCGUC